AUGGACCCCGAGAAGCGCGGCUACAAGUUUCUGAAACUAGAGGAGUUUGUGGCGCACGAUGCUGAAGUGAGGUCCUUGGCCAUCGGCAAGAAGUCGAGCCGUGUGUUCAUUACUGGUGGCAGUGACCGCAACGUCAACCUGUGGGCAAUUGGCAAGCAGACUCCUCUCCUGAGCUUGUCAGGCCACACAAGCUCGGUUGAGGCUGUAGAGUUUGAUACAGCAGAGGUGCUUGUGCUUGCUGGCUCAUCAAAUGGCUCCAUCAAGCUCUGGGACUUGGAAGAAGCUAAAGUUGUGCGGUCUCUCACUGGGCAUAGGUCAAGUUGCACUGCUGUUGAAUUCCAUCCAUUCGGCGAAUUUUUUGCAUCUGGUUCUUCAGAUACAGAUCUCAAGAUCUGGGAUAUAAAGAAAAAAGGAUGCCUUCAUACAUACAAGGGUCACAGAGGAGCAAUUAAAUCAAUCCGAUUUACACCUGAUGGGCGAUGGAUCGUCACCGGUGGAGAAGAUAACAUUGUGAAGGUGUGGGAUCUGACAGCUGGAAAGCUCUUACAUGAUUUCAAGUUCCACAGUGGACAAAUCCGAUGCAUUGAUUUUCAUCCUCAAGAAUUUUUGCUUGCAACAGGCUCAGCUGAUCGAACUGUGAAGUUUUGGGAUCUUGAGACUUUUGAAUUGAUAGGUUCUGCCGGACCCGAGGAUACUGGUGUACGUUCUAUGGUCUUUCACCCAGAUGGAAAAACCCUUUUCUGCGGAUUAGAGCAAAGCUUAAAGGUAUUCUCUUGGGAACCAGUAAGAUGCCAUGAUGCUGUUGACAUGCGAUGGAACAAUUUAGCUGACCUUAGUAUUUACGAAGGAAAACUGUUGGGAUGCUCGUACCAUGAACGCCGUGUUGGUGUUUGGGUUGCUGAUAUAUCACUCAUUGAACCCUAUGCUCUUGGUGUUUUGCCGAAAGCAAAUUUUUUUGCUGAGCUUGUGGAUUCUGUGGAUGAUAAUCCUGUGAAACCGAAUGGUAGCACUACGAAGCCCAUUCGUGCUGUAGCAACAUCACAUCCAAAAAACAUGUACAAAGUCCAGGAGUCAGGAAUUGCUGAAAGCAGAGUUCGGGCCUUACAUUUAACUCCAGGAAGUACAGACAAAAUAAAGAAAGAUAGGAGCAGCAGCAUUCCUCGAAGACCUGAUUCAUCUGUCAAACCAUCUACUCCAGUACGACGUAUGAAGCCCGUCGAUAGUCCUUCCACAAAUUUAAAAACAGCAGAACGCAGUUUCGGACAGCGGGACAUCCAAUUAUUAUCUCGUACAGGGAUGGCUAUUAAUUCUUCGAUCACUAAAAAAGCUCCGCCUACAGAGUCGGUAGCUGUAAAAGAUAUUUACACUACAUCACAGGCUGUUUCUGUGCCUGUUGUUGUUCCUAGAGACAUUUUGGAGGACAAAUCAGCAGGCAGUAUUCAUAGAGGAAUUGGAGGCAGAACUGCAGUCCCAGAUGAUUUUUACAGUCCAGUGCACUUGAGAAAACGUUUACCUAGUGGCGGUACUAGUGAUAGUGUCAGCUCAGUAAAAUCCAUGCUCGCUGAGCCUGAUGUUUGCUCGGAGGGUUUGUCUGGGUUAAAGUUCUCCUUUGGACUAACUCCAAAUGACAAGAAAGAAGAAUCUGACAGUACUGAUAAAGGAGAAAUUAGACAAAUAGCAGAAAAGAUGGACAGAAUAGUAUCAUUUGAUCAUCCGGUGCAGUCAAAUGAUGACAAGGCAUAUGAAUCACCGUGCUCGACGACAGGAACAGCCAGGGUCAAAUAUGUUAGAGGAGUUGCUGUGCCGUUAGGAAAAACUAAGUCUCUUGUUGAGAGAUUUGAAAAGAGAGAGAGUUCUAGCAUUGAUUGUUCAUCGCCAACUGGCUCUAGUGGUGAUCAUACAAUGAAAGCUGAUAGCCCUCCCACCAGUUCGGCAGAAGCAAGUCGCACAUAUGAAAGGGACUUGCCAACAGUGGACGAGAUGACGACUCCAAUCGAUUUGGUGCGGAACCAUGAUGAAUUUAUAAAUGUUGUAAAAUCUCGGUUGACAAAGCUAGAGAUGAUGCGGCAUGUCUUUAACCUAAAUGGCAUCAAAGGAGCAAUUGCUGCGGUCGCAAAGUUGCCUGAUAUUGCUGUUCAAGCUGAUGUUGUUAGUACUCUCAAGGGAAAACUUGGUCUUUUCAACCUAGAUAUUUUCUCAAGCCUUCUGCCUGUUCUUGCCGGGUUACUGAACAGCAAAACUGAAAGGCAUGCUAUUGUUGCUUUGGAGAUGUUAUUGGAUCUUAUAAAGAUUUUUGGACCGGUUAUUCAUUCAACAUUGUCAAGUAGUUCACCUGUUGGAGUAGAUCUUCAAGCUGAACAGAGGUUGCAGCGUUGCACCCGGUGUUUUAACCAUUUGCAAAAGAUUGUGCAAGCUCUACACCCGUUGAUGAUGCGGAGCGGCCAGUCGGCGCAGCUUGCUCAAGAGCUGAACAUGUCUUUGCAAGACCUGGUGGUCUUCUGA